AUGUGUUCGUUUCCAAACUCUAAUGAUUUUCUCUACAUUUUGUUAGCGGUUGAUUAUGUCUCUAAAUGGGUGGAAGCAAUUUCAACCCAUACCGAUUAUGCUAACACUGUUGCUUUCUUUGUAAGAAAUCAUCUUAUUUGCCAUUUUGGAUCGCCACGAGCAAUCGUGAGCGAUCAAGGCUCACACUUUGAUGACAUUAUCCAUAAGGUAGCUACGGCUUAUCAUUCCCAAACCAAUGGUCAAGCGGAGGUUUCCAACCGGGAAAUCAAGAGAAUUUUAGAGAAGAUGGUGAAACCCCAUUGGAAGAAUUGGAGUACUAGGCUCGGAGAUGCACUGUGGGCCAACUGGACGGCUUAUAAGACACCAAUUGGCAUGAGUCCGUUCCGGUUGGUCUAUGGAAAUGCAUGUCACCUUCUAGUGGAAAAUGAGCAUAAGGUGUAUUGGGCCAUCAAGGAAUGUAAUUUGGGAUUAGGGAAUGCCAGAAUUGAAAGAAAAUUACAAUUGGAGGAGUUAGAGUGCAUACAGUUGGAGGCAUAUGAGAAUUCAAGAAUCUACAAGGAAAAGGUGAAGCCAGUACAUAACCGGAAUAUCAAAAGAAGAGAAUUUAGGGUUGGAGAUCAAGUGCUUCUCUAUAGUUCAAGAUUGAGGUUGAUGCCGGGUAAAUUGAGGUCGAGAUGGGAUAGUCCCUAUGUGGUAGAAAACGUUGAACCAUAUGGCGUAAUCCACUUGAGCCAUCUCUCAAGCCCUACUUUCUUCAAGGUGAAUGGCCACCGGCUCAAAUUGUACCAUGGUGUGAAGGCCAAGAACAACAAAGAAUUGGAGAUCUUCCUCUUGGAGGAUCCUCCCAGGGAAGAGAAUUGA